GAAGCUCUUCAACUACCUCAGAAGGCUGUUCUUGCCAAGAGCAACACAAGACCUGCUACAACUACAAACAGAACAAAAUCUUCCACCAGCAACAACAACACCGGAGAAAAUCCAACAGCCAAGCAUAGUAACCAUAAGCAAGUAAAUAGUAAUAGAAAAUCUUCCCUCCCCCGUUUGCCCCGACCCUCUGACUCGAGUGAUAUGGAUGACAUUUUUGGGAGUUUCGUGCAACCUGGAAUGCCUGGAGAUAUCGCCCUGCACAAAGAACUAGUCUAUGAAAUGGAGGCACUUCUCUCUACAGACCACAAUAAAGGAGUGUUUAAUACUAGUCCUGGCUCGAAUAUGGAUCAUAUGCAAAUAGAGACCUCCUCCUUUGAGGCUCAUACCCAUAGUGCCACGUCUUCAAGAUCAAGAGCAGCCGCUGAAAAACUCGAGCUCCUGGCGAUUUUGGCACGUGUGGCGACUCGACUGCAGUUGAGAGCGAUGUUGUUUUGCGAUUUGGAGAGGGUUAACGAUGUGAUGGACAACAUUCCUGCUUUUCCGACGCUGUGGGAAAUGCAGUGCAGUACCAAGCAGCAUAGGACUCCCUUUCACAUGGGGAAAGAUCGGAAUCAUCGAAAAAAGCAACACAUAGUAUACUUCACAG